AGCGCGCCGGCCCGUCUGUCUCCGCGUGUGUCUGGUCUUGUUGUGGUGAAGCCAGCAUGGCGGCUCCUCUGGAGGUGAUCGUGAGCUGCGACUCCGCAGCGCAGAUGUGGAACAGCACCGUGUUCGACCUGCACAGCGGCUCCAGCCUGCUGUCGUACCGGGGCGGGAACAGCGCUGCCCGGACCCUCACCGUGCUCCGCGGGGAGUACCUGCUGUCCGCGCAGCUGGGCAAGAACUUCAUCAAUGUGUGGGAGAUCCAGAGGAAGGACCUGCUGCACCUGGACCUCCUGGCCCAGUCCCUGCAGGUCCCGUUCAUCAGCAUCCUGGAGAGCGGAGACACACUUGACACACAGAACCGGUUCCACCUGCAGAUGGCGAUGGGAGUCCCAGACUCCGCCCUGUCGACGCUGCUGCUGGCGGUGUUCCGGCGUUCUGGAUGGCUGGAGGGAACCGUGGUUCUGUGCAGGGGCUGGGAGGAGGCCCGCGGGCUGCUGAGGCGGCUGGACGGCAACAGCAGAGAAUCAUGGGACGGUGACGGUGACAGCAGAGCAUCAUGGGAUGGCGGCGGUGACAGCAGAGCAUCAUGGGACGGUGACGGUGACAGCAGAGCCUCAUGGGACAGUGGCGGUGAUAGCAAAGCAUCAUGGGACGGCGGCGGCAACAGCAGAGCAUCAUGGGACGGCGCCAGGCCGGACUGGCGUAUCCGCACCAUCCUGAACCUGACGCAUUCGGCCUAUGACGACACGCAGAUCCACGACUUCCUGUCGCGCCACUUCGGGCAGAACCCGGCAAUGCCGCCGGCGCCAGCGGCUGUGCUGCUGUUCGGCGCCGAGCCACAGUGUGCGGCGGCGGUGCUGCGCGGCGCCCAGGCCCUGGGCCUCACGUUACCCAUGGUGCACUGGGUGAUGGGCCAGCCACUGCGGCCCGACGCGCUCCAUACCAUUGGGCUCCCACCGGGCCUGCUGGCCUACGGGGAGGUGGAGCGCCAGCCGCUUGACUUCUACAUCACGGACGCUCUGACGCUGGUCAGACGCGCUGUCGGGGCCGCUGCCACCGCCAGACCAGACCUGGCGGUGGGCCAGAACCUGCUGAGCUGCCACGAUGCACCGGCGCCCGGCGGGCAGUUCCUGUCCAGGUUUCUGUCCAACACGUCGUUCUCCGGGCUGACCGGUCCGGUGCGAGUGCACCCUAACCGCUCCAAGGUCGUGACCUCUCAGCGGUUCCACAUCUGGAGUCUGGGUCUGGAUGCCCUGGGCCAGCCCAGCUGGGUUACGGUGGGCCGCUGGGCUGCGGGCCGGCUCACCGUGGAGGAGCAGGACGUGUGGCGCGGCCCCGAACCCCGUAGGCGCCCAGAGGGCCCGGCGGGGACCGGCCGGCGGCGCUGGAGGCCGGGCGUCCCGGCAGCGGGGAGCUGGGUGCGCGUGGUCACGCUGGUGGAACACCCCUUCGUCUUUACGCGGGACGUGGAUGCCGAGGGUCGCUGCCCUGCAGGGCAGUUCUGCCUCGACGCCGGCGCCAACGCCUCCCACACCCUGGAGACAUACUUCAGGGAUGUGGAGGGGGGCAACAGCAGCCUCCUGCCCCCCGAUUUCAGCAAGUGUUGCUACGGGUACUGCGUGGACCUGCUGGAGAAGCUGGCCGAGGACCUGGGCUUCCACUUCGAGCUGUACAUUGUGGCCGACGGGAAGUACGGCGCGUGGAAGGGGGGACGCUGGACCGGGCUGGUGGGGGAUCUUCUCGGCGGGCUUGCCGACAUGGCCGCCGCCUCCUUCAGCAUCAACUCGGCGCGCAGCCGCGUCAUCGACUUCACCUCGCCUUUCUUCUCCACCAGCCUGGGCAUCUUGGUGCGCAGCAAGGACACGGCGGCGCCCAUCGGCGCCUUCAUGUGGCCGCUUCACUGGUCCAUGUGGGUGGGCAUCUUCGCCGCGCUGCACAUCACCGCGCUCUUCCUCACGCUGUACGAGUGGAAGAGUCCAUACGGCAUGACGCCGCACGGCCGCAACCGCGUCCGGGUGUUCUCGUACUCGUCGGCGCUGAACCUGUGCUACGCCAUCCUGUUCGGGCGCACCGUCGCCUCCAAGACGCCGAAGUGCUGGACGGGCCGCUUCCUGAUGAACCUGUGGGCCAUCUUCUGCCUGCUGGUGCUGUCCAGCUACACCGCCAACCUGGCCGCCGUCAUGGUGGGGGACAAGAGCUUUGAGGAGGUGUUGGGGAUCCAUGACGCAAAGCUGCAGCACUCGUCGCAGGGUUUCCGUUUCGGGACGGUGAGGGAGAGCAGCGCCGAGGACUACAUGAAGAAGAGUUUCCCUGACAUGCACGAGUACAUGAGGCGCUUCAACGAGCCGACCACGCCGCAGGGGGUCGCCAUGCUUAAGGUCCAGUACCAGGUGUGGUACGGGAUCGGUCUCCCCCAGAACUCUCCUCUGACGUCCAACGUCUCCGAGUUCCUCAGCAGGUAUAAGUCGGAGGGCUUCAUGGAUCUGCUGCACGACAAGUGGUACAAAGUCGUUCCCUGUGGAAACCGCGUGUUCGCCGUCACCGAGACGCUCCAGAUGGGGAUCAGCCAUUUCUCAGGUCUCUUCGUGUUAUUGUGUGUUGGCGUUGGCGGCGCUCUGCUGACGCUGGCCGGAGAACACGCGUUCUACCAGCUCGUCCUGCCGCGCAUCCGCCGCCGCCGCAAGCUGCAGUACUGGCUGCACACCUCACAGAAGAUCCACCGAGCUCUCAACAUGACGUAUGAAGACGUGAAGCGGCAGCGAGCCGACAAAGACAAAAGCUGUAACCUGGAGAAGUGUCAGCCCCACCCGGGCCCCCCAGGGCCCCCCGCCCCCCCGGUACCUGAAGCCUCGGCCAAGUGGAACAACGAGGCCGGUAAGGACGCCGCCCCCCCCGCUGCUGAUGCCCGGGACUUCAGGCGAGUCCACUUUCACCUGGAGACCCUGAACACGCGGCGCUUGCUCGCUCGCAUCGCUACUGCUGAAGCCAAGGGGGAGGGGCCAGCCAGGCCAGGGGCGGGGACUAACAGCAGACCGGGUGAAGGGGCGGGGCCUAACAGCACACUGUGUGAGAACGGAGGACUGGCGGCAUCUCUGGCCGGCCUGGUGCUGUCCCGUCAGUCCUCCUCCGCCCGGCAGAGUUCACCUAACACGUCUGCGGCUGGAGCCCCGCCCCCGGUGGCAGUGGAGCAGUCCGCGGCGGUGGAGCCGCCCCGGCCUGGCGAGCUGCAGGAGCUGCAGGAACAGAUCAAUGAGAUGAGGGACAAACUGAGGACGGCGUUAGCCCGGAGGGCCCACAUCCAGAAUUCUCUGAACAAACCUGUUGUCACAGUAACAGACAAUGUGACAACAGCGUCAGGAGCCCCGCCCACUGACGCCCCGCCCACUGGCGCACUGCCUGCUGGAGCCCCCCCCACUGACACCCCACCCAUUGGCGCCCGGUAACACCUUUCCCUGCCAACAUGAAAAGCGUGACGACCAUGACGGACCCGCCUCACAGAGUCCGGUCCAAAGUCCCGCCUUUCCACAGCAGAACGACCAAUCAGAAGAGCUGAUGCUCAUAACAGAAUG